ACGACACGCACACACCCCUACGAUCCUACCCGCCACUCCACUCCCGGCUUUUACAUUCGAGGUUCAGGACCGGCAGGAGUAGAGCAAGCAAUGAAGGCCGUCGCCGGGCACCAGUACCACGGCGUCCACCCACCCUCGCCGACGCCGGCGACUAAGAUCUCCAUUCCUGUCUCCGCCGGCGGGGGCGCGGAGGUGGCGCUGCUCGGGAAGGGGCGGUACAAGGCAUGGACCCUCGCCGCCAUCGCCCUCCUCGCGCUCUGGUCCAUGUUCGCCGCCUCCGUCACCCUCCGCUGGUCCUCCGGCGACCUUGCCGCUGCUCCCUGGGACUUGAGUAGUCCCCUCCUCGACGGCCUCGACCCGCUCGAGAUGGAGGAAAGGGAGAAACUAGUGCGCCGGAUGUGGGACUUGUACACGCGCACUGGUGAUCAUGUAUGGCUUCCGCGGUUCUGGCAAGAAGCAUUUGAGGCUGCAUAUGAGGAGCUUGCUGGUGAUGAUACGCCUGCAAGUGACGCAGCUGUAUCGGAGAUUGCUCGCAUGGCAAUUCACAGGCCUGAGCUUGAGCAGGGACGUAAUAAUAAUUAGAAACAGUACACUGUGAACAUUUGGAGAAGUGGAGGUCCAAGCCUCCAGGGUGAAUGAGUAGAUGGUUCAUGCGGAAUUUGUCUGUCCCAUUUCAAGAGAAGAUUUUUUACAAAGGUCAUUUCAAAAGAAGAUCACUUGCUAACUGUGAUCAUCGCAGCAUUUCAACUUCUCUCCGUAGUCUUUCAUCUGGCUUGUCAGUCGAUGCAAAAGAUACACCUUUGUGCAGUAUGUGAAGUUAACUUGCACAUUCAUGAAGCGGACUGAUCCUCAUCUCCCUCGUAAGAAGUACUUUGGAAUUCUUAGUAGCCAGAUGAGAAUAUCUCUAAUUAUGUAUUUUCUGCACAUUGCUGCGAAAAAAUUGGACACUGAAAUCAUUUAUGUGCUGGCUUUUCACUCCCCAAUAUAAGAAUCAUCGUGCAUCCACAUGCCCUUUGCGCAUGUGGUUAUA